AGUGGAACAUGGGUGACCCUUAGCACAGACGGACAUGGGUAGGCAGGAAUGGCAAAGGAUGUGAUUAUUUAAUACCAACCUGGUUUCUCUUCUGUGCAUUUUAUUUCUGACGAGAGAGGUUUUUUUGCUCAAGUUGGUUUCCUUCCCCUUGCAGCCGAGUGGCCCAAGACCAUGACCGGCCUUCCAAGUACAUCCGGCACGACAGCCAGCGUGGUGAUAAUCCGGGGGUCGAAGAUGUACGUGGCUCACGUGGGCGACUCAGGAGUGGUGCUCGGAGUCCAAGAUAACCCCAAAGACAACUUCAUCAGGGCGGUGGAGGUGACGCAAGAUCACAAACCCGAGCUGCCAAAAGAGAGGCAGCGAAUUGAAGGGCUCGGGGGCAGCGUGAUCAACAAAUCUGGCGUGAACCGAGUUGUGUGGAAGAGACCUCGUCUGACCCACAAUGGUCCUGUGCGGCGAAGCACGGUUAUUGAUCAGAUCCCGUUCCUGGCUGUGGCUCGCGCCCUGGGAGAUUUGUGGAGCUAUGACUUCUACAGCGGAGAGUUUGUCGUGUCUCCUGAGCCAGACACGAGCGUGCACACGUUGGACCCUCAGAAGCACAAAUAUAUCAUCCUGGGAAGUGAUGGACUUUGGAACAUGAUCCCACCUCAAGAAGCCAUUUCCAUGUGCCAGGACCAUGAGGAGAAGAAGUACUUCAUGGGAGAGCACCAGCAGUCGCUGGCCAAAAUGCUGGUGAACAGGGCCCUGUCCUCCGGCUUGGAGUGCAGCGCGAUGCCCGCGGCAGACAACACCAGCGCCAUCGUCAUCAGCCUUUCUUCGGCGGGGAGCAAUCCGAGCGGUUUGGAAAGCGAAGAGGAGCUCUGCUUCAACUUAGCAGAGAGCCCGUCCUAUCGCAGUCCGGAGACAUGGACGACGACUUCCUCGCGGUGCUCCACACCACCCGUCAAGGUUUUGGAAGAGGAUUUGUGGCCACGGCUGAACUCCUCGGAGGCUGUUCCUUCAUUUUCACGCACCAACUCCAUGUUUGGUACACCUACUGAAACGCCCAAUGAGAUCGCCAAGAGCAACCCGUCAGUACCAGUAACCACUCCCAGGGAUUCCGGUCCACUGGAAGAAAAUAACAGUAAAGCACUCGGAUUGAGGCUACGAGAACCACAUGGCAAAAGCCCACCAAGUACCCUCUCUCCUUCCAACUCUGGGAACACUGGAACGGACCCAAAGGUCUUCCGUACAUCUCAGAGUGAUUCAGCAAAAGCCCAGGAGCCGGAGAGGACGUCAGUGGCAAGCUUCAAAAGGACAUUGGAAGAAUCCAAUUCGGGACCAGCGGUCAAGAAGCCCAAACGAGGCCUGUCCCGAAAUAUUGGGGUCCCGCCCGAAGGUUUGUCCCCUGCGUCCACACACAAAAUCUCUAGCAAGCUUGCUAUGCGCCGUAGCCUACGAGGACAAAAGAAACUCGGAGCGCCGUUGUUCCAGCAGCCUAGAAAAGCACUCUGUGUUUGCUGAAGAGUGUCGGCAUCGCAGCAGUUCGUACCUGGCCAGUUUGAAGUUGGUGCAGAUAUUUGAAACUGCAGUUCUUGUCUCUCUUUUUCAAAGUAGAAAAGAGUUCCAUUCCCCUGUUUUUUGUUUUUUUUCCAGACAGCUUUAUCCCUAUCCUUGUAAUCACUUGUAAUAUAACUGUGAAUUUUGUAGAUGGUAUUAGGAUUCAAAGCAGUUGCUGUAAAAAUGUGUGUAAAUUUAUAUUCCUUCAUACAGAUGUAGUCUCUCUCUCUUCCUCUCUUUUUCCUCCGUUUCCCAAUCUGACUUCAGUUUGCAUAAUCGUUACAAACAGGUUUUACCUGGGGGGGGGGGGUUGUUUUGUUUUGAAUUAUAUCUUGGGAGGGGGGGCAGGGUAUGUUAAUUUAGUACAAACUGUCAAAUUUGUAUAAGCUUCUUGUGAUGAGUUCACAACCUUUUUGAAAAAAAGUAAAUUAUUAAACAGAACGGAAGAUAUGUAUUUUCGUAGUAAAUACGUUUCGCUCAGCAAGUGUGUCCUUUUAGAGAAUAUAAUACUAGGGUCUAUUUUCUUUCUUAGUGUUUAGACUUCUCUGUCCAGCAACGAAAUGGAGAGAUGUUGAGUCACCUUUACCCGACUCAGUGGUGGUUCCUGUAUUUUGAUUACAAUACUAUGCAGUACUUAUUUGGGUUGGUUUUUGUUUUGUUUUGUAAAGGUGGCGGGUUGAUAUUUAUUGUAGCUCCCACCAAAAGAUUUCCUAUAUGAAUUCGUGGCUCCUGGGAGCUGCUUUUUGAAAUGUUCUUCAGCUACACACCUGGGAAAAACUACACAUUCCUUUAAUAUGAGCAUGAGGGAUUUUACUAUUUCAACCACGGAUGGUGCUCUUGAUGGUGCUUUUUCCACCACAAGUUCUUAAGUUAUUGGGAUGGUUUUAUAGUUUUCAUUGCGUAUGUGGACCAUGUGUACUUAUAAUGAAAUAAAACUAGCCAAAAACUUG